AUGACAGCUUCAAACUACCGAGCAACGAAGAUCAGCUCGACCAAGCCCAAACCGAAGCAGGAACUGCCAGAGGCCUACCUUGAGCCAAAGUGUCACCCACUUGAACCCCAAAUCACCGAAGAGGUUGAUGGGUACUUCAUCAAGAACUGGCCAUUUCCCAAUGAGCGAGCAGUUCAGAAGUUUCGCGCCGCUGGUUUCAGUCGGGUAACAUGCUGUUACUAUCCCGAUGCCUUGAACGACCGCAUCCAUUUUGGGUGUCGUUUGUUGACACUCCUAUUUCUAAUCGAUGACUUGCUAGAGGACAUGUCACUCGAGGAAGGCCGUCUUUACAACGAAAAGCUCAUGCCAAUCUCCCGUGGGGAUGUGCUCCCGGAUCGCAACGUACCAGUCGAGUGGAUUACGUACGACCUCUGGGAAAGCAUGAGGGCCUUCGAUCGUAAACUUGCGGACGAGAUUCUGGAGCCCGUCUUCACAUUCAUGCGCGCCCAGACUGAUCCGCGACGGAAAAAACUCAUGGAUUUUGGAGAGUACCUCGUGUACCGUGAACGCGAUGUUGGUAAAGCGCUCCUUUCAGCACUUAUGCGGUUCGUCAUGAAGCUCGAGCUCACCGACGAAGAGCUUGAGGUCGUCAAACCCUGCGAUCGGAACUGCUCCAAGCACAUUUCGGUCGUCAACGACAUCUACAGUUGGGAGAAGGAGUUACAACAGUCAAUCGAAUCUCCAGCGGAAGGCUCCGUUCUUUGCUCGUCCGUUCAAGUAGUAAUGCAUGGAGCCACACUGAAUACAGAAGCGGCUAAAAGGGUGCUCUGGCCAAUGUGUCGCGAAUGGGAGCUGCUGCACCUAGAGUUGGUCGAGCAACUUCGGGAGAAGGGUCUCCGUGAUGAGGUGCUUACGUACUGUAAAGGACUAGAGUACCAGAUGAGUGGGAACGAGCUCUGGAGCAGCGAAACGAAGAGGUACAGCACCAUUGGCGAGACGGCAGUGCACUGA